AUGACGCGUUAUUGUUAUGCUGAUCACGAUUUUACCAGCUUGUUAGGUUUACUAUGGUUGUUUUCUAUUUUUACAUGGUUUCUAGCAUACGUUAUGGGAUUCGUAAAAGUAAUCAAGAACAAGGCGUAUUUCAAACGAUAUCAGGUUAAACUGAAGCGUCGACGUCAGGGCAAAACGGAUUAUUAUGCUAGGAAACGUCUCACAGUGCAAGAUAAAAAUAAGUAUAAUACUCCUAAAUAUCGACUAAUCGUGCGCUUUACCAAUAAAGAUGUCGUCGCUCAAAUAGCAUAUUCAAGGAUUGAGGGUGAUGUAGUCGUGUGCGCCGCGUACUCUCAUGAGUUGCCUCGUUACGGAAUUAAGGUAGGCUUGACUAAUUAUGCAUCUGCUUAUGCCACUGGUUUGCUGUUAGCCCGACGUCAUUUGGCAAAAAUUGGUUUAGCUGGAACUUAUAAAGGCAUUGAAGCGACUGGUGAAGAUUAUAACGUUGAAAAGGAGGGUCAGCGUGCACCAUUUCGAGCGGUUUUGGAUGUUGGUUUGGCACGCACUGUUACGGGUGCUAAGGUUUUCGCAGUUAUGAAAGGUGUUGUUGACGGUGGUAUCGACGUGCCACAUAGUGAGACGCGUUUCUUUGGUUAUAAUUCAGAAACGAAAUAUAAUGCUGCUGCACAUCGUGAAAGAAUAUUAGGCAAACACGUUGCUGAUUACAUGACUUUUUUAAAAGAGCACGAUGAUGAAGCAUAUAAGCGACAUUUUUCACGCUUUAUUGCUGCUAACGUCAAUCCAGAUAAUAUCAUAGAAAUGUAUGAAAAGGCGCACGAAGCUAUCCGUGCUAAUCCAGCACCCUUACCAAAAGUGACGAAGAAGGUGACAAAGAAGAGAUGGACGGCGAAAAAAGCAACGUUGGAAGUGCGUAAGAAUCGUAUUAAAAAUAAGAAGGCGUACCUUAUGCGAUUGAAGGCUCAGCAAGAAAUGCAUUAA